CCCUCGUGUGGCCGGCGUCGAGUGCCAGUGCUGAGGACCAUGAUGCAUCAUCCGCUAAGCGGGCUGCUAUUGCUUCUGCUAGCUUUGGCGACCGACGCCAAGUGGACAGCGACCGAGAAGGACGUGUUCUACAUUGGCAACGACAUCAAAAUCAUGCACCAAGCGUCGCGGCAGGCGUGCAAGCGCGACUGCGUCACCGUCGUCGGCUGCGUUCUGUAUGUAUGGGAGCCGCGCGACGGUGGCAUAUGCUUCCUCAAGAGCAACAAGGGCGUGCAAGUGCCGCUGCCAGGUGCACGCGCCGCUGCGCUCAUCCGCCAGCCGCCGGAUUUCAAGGAUUUGGUCCCACGCGGGCGGCUCGACCACCGCGCGAUUGAGUUUGGCAUUGACGGCGAUGCACCGCUGCCGCGCGUGCCGUAUCACUACGUGGUCGGUGCGCAGUGGAAUGUCUUCUUCCCGCGCGCACUCUACACGGCUGUCUUGAGCACCAGCGAGCGCGUCUUUGAUCCCAUGUUUAUGCUGUCGCCCGACAUUGGGAUCCCGUCGCCGUACGCGGCCGUCGAGUCGAUUGGCGAGUGCGCGCGCAUUGCUGCAUCCCAGGACUUUGCCUUCUUCACGUACCUUCCGUCGCCGCAGCUGUGCGUGCCGGCGGCCUUUCCCAACACCAACCCGAAUGGCGACCGCGCCGCCGUCUUGCGGCACCCCAUGGCCGGUGCCCACGUCACGAUGAGAUACCCGAAAGAAGUGCCGUCGUCGUUCACACACGCGGCGCCGAACGCUACGAGUGCCGAGGCGUGCCUCGCGGCGUGCGAAGCCGCAACGUCGACCUGCGUUGGGUAUCACUUCAUGAAGGGGUCGUGUGCGCUGGUGGCGCCGCGGCCCGCGCGGUCCGACGUCGUUGCUGGCUGGGUGCACCAAGACGUUGCGCACGAAGAAGACGUGAUGAUCCGCAUGGCGUACAUGCCGGGGUUUGCGCUCACGGGGUACGUCGAGCGAGAGGGCCCGAAGAAGCCGUCGCGCUACGACUGCGGCGAGUGGGUCGAGAUCACGCAGCACACGUUCUUCCACUACGACGAGGCGACGGGCGCCUGCGCGUACUUUGACCCAGCGCCGUCGUCGACCAACAAGACGAUCCAGCUCCAGUAUACGCGCAACGAGCUGUUGCAGCUGCCGGGGCACCUCCCCACGACCCCGGUUCUGGCGACGCUCUCAGCGCCAACGGCAUCGGCCUGCGACGCGCUGUGCCUCCCGGCCAAGGACAAUUGCUUCGCGACCGUCUUUGACGCGGUGACGCGCGAGUGCGUCUUGCACACGCCGACGCCAGACCCGGCGCGCACGCUUGCGUGGCUCGCACCGCGACGGCUCCUCGACAAUCUGCAGACAGUCACGGAAGCGCAUUUUUUCGUCACGGCGCACCAAGACGACCACGAGCUCUUCAUGGCCGAGACCGUGCUGCAGCGUCUCAACGCGACAACCUCGAAAGCCGUCUUUGUCUACGUGACGGCGGGCGACGCCAACGAGACCAACGGCUGGUGGGAAGCGCGUGAGACGGGCACCUUGGCCGCGUCCAAAGCGUGGGUCGAGGCGCUCGGGCUCUUCAACUCGCGCGUUCGCAUCGAAACCAUCUUUCUCGCGCAGCACAGCGUGCACAAGGCGACGAUCGGCAACGCAGUGCACUACUUUUUACGGCUCACCGAGGCCGCGGUCGAAGCCUUCAUGUUGCGCAAGGAGCUCGCAGUGCCGCCCGUCGACCGGCCGAGCGAGCGCUAUCACCGUCUCGACGACAUCAAGGAGGUUCUGCACGCCAUCAUGUACCGCGAAAGCAACCGGAUCCCGACCGUGACGUUGGCGACGCACGAAUUCAAAGGGUUUGCAGGCGAGGAUGUUGGUGUCGACCACGAGCUGCACAGAUACACGGGCAGAACACUCGAGGACAUUGUCGCAUUGUCACCGCAGCUUAGCAACUGCGUCUCUCGGACCUUUUACUACGGCUACCAGCGCUGGUUGCACCCGAAAAACAUGUCGCCAGUCGCCACGCGCCUCCAGCGUCACGCGUGGGCGAGCGCGAGCAGCGCCAUCUUGAGUGACCACAAGUGGCACCACCCCGUGUGGCUCACGCACGCCCAGCACCUCGGUCGACAGUAUAUUUCCCGCACCGUUUCCGUCGAUGGCAAGUGCACUAUCGACUUUUGAAUGAAAAUUGUACAAUGUGCCUG